AUGUCAGAUCCUGUACCAGUACAGGCUCCUUCGAAUCCCCCUCGCUCCCGAAAUCGACGCCGCGGAAGGGGCCCCGCCAAUCGUCAAGGCCAGCCAAAUAUACCAGCUCAGCCUGCGGGUGAACUGCUUCCAGUCCAAACGCCAGAAACACAGCCAGAUGCUGGCUCCAGCUCCGCCACACCAAAUGAUCAAAACAACCCGCGAAGAAGAAACCGUGAAGGACGGGGGUCUCGACCCCGAAGAGGCCGCGGGAAUGGCGCACAAUCGACAGCUACUACGGAAAAUGGAGAACAAAGUGGGCAAUCGUCUCAAAACCAGUCGCGUGGAAUGCGGGCUAGAGGGUUCGGGGCACGGUUAACGAAGGCUGGCCAAGAACCCAAUGAUCAAGAACGGGGGACGAUAGCUGAGGAUGACCAAGGACUCCGAGCCGAUGUACCGGAUUUUGUACCAGGCAUGCCCGCAUCGAAUAAAGAUACAGCAUCUUCUGCGCCCAAAGGAAAAGGAAAAUCGAAACCUAAAGCGGCACCAAAGCCACCGAAAGUAACGACGAAAUCGAUAGCCGAUGACAUUGCGACCCGAAUCCACGAAGAUAUUGCCCACAAUUUAUAUGAGUGUCCUAUUUGCACAAGCGAGCUAGGGCGAAGAUCAAAAGUCUGGUCCUGUGAGUUGUGCUGGACAGUCUUCCAUCUCAGCUGUAUCAAGAAAUGGUCUACAAACCAAGGCGCAGCUGCCCAGAAUACUAGUCGCGAUCCAGAUAAUGGCGAAGGUUCCGCUGCUCCCCGUGCAUGGCGAUGCCCUGGCUGCAAUCUUUCACAUGAACAUUUUCCGACUACUUACACCUGUUGGUGCGAGAAAGAAGUUGAUCCAAGGGCUUUCCCUGGGCUUCCUCCCCAUUCAUGUGGUCAGACUUGCUCUCGUCAACGCAAAGGUUGCCCUCAUCCUUGCGAUGCAACUUGUCAUGCUGGUCCGUGUGCUCCUUGUACUGCUAUGGGACCAACUCAAGACUGUUUUUGCGGUCGGAACUCCAGCACAAAAAGAUGUCAAGACACGGAUUAUGAGAAAGGAUGGAGCUGUGGAGAGGUCUGCGGUGAUCUAUUGCCCUGUGGAGAGCAUAUGUGUACACUUCCAUGUCAUGAAGGCUUGUGUGGUGCUUGUGAUGUCAAGCUUGAGGCCCGUUGUUACUGUGGAAAGGUAGAAACUGAAAUGCUAUGUAGCUCCAGAGAUGAGGAGAUGGACAGUCAAACCAUUCGUGAAGAUGGGACUGAAGAAGAAUGGACGGGCUGCUUUAGUUGCAAUGAUACCUGCAGUCGCCCAUUUGAUUGCGGGCUACAUUCAUGCCAGAGGAGCUGUCACCCUCAAGAUUCGCUCCCAGCUCAUUGCCCACGUUCACCGGAUGUCGUUAUACGGUGCCCGUGUGGAAAAACCAAACUAGCCGACAUCCCCGAACACACACCCCGGACUUCCUGUGAAGAUCCAAUUCCUCACUGCCCAGAAUCAUGCGGCAAAAUGCUUGCAUGUGGUCAUUCAUGCGACCAGGUCUGUCAUACUGGCCCAUGUGGUUCUUGUCUCCGUCGUGUACCUGUUGAUUGCCGAUGUGGCCGUAUUACUGCAAUGAGUGUUUGCCAUCAAGGUGAUCUUCAAAAUCCCCAAUGUAUGCGCAUGUGUAAGGCCACGCUACACUGUGGGCGCCAUGCUUGCACAGAGCGAUGCUGCGCGGGAGAACAGAAGGCCAUUGAACGCCAGGCUCUGCGCCGCAAGCUUAAAGCUCAUCUCCGUCCUUCCGAUGAGGAUAUUGAAGCAGAGCACAUUUGUACUCGGAUAUGUGGUCGAACGCUGAAAUGCGGAAGACAUACAUGUCCGGAGCUUUGCCAUAAGGGCGCCUGCAAUACGUGCCGUGAGGCAAUUUUCGAAGAAAUUUCGUGCAAUUGUGGAAGAUCCAUAUUACAUCCACCCCAGCCGUGUGGAACACAGCCCCCUCCAUGUUCCUCUCCUUGUGAACGUCCUAAGUCGUGUGGCCAUCCUCAAACUGCACAUAAUUGUCACGUCGAUGACGAGACUUGUCCCAAAUGCCCUUUCCUGACCGAAAAGCAAUGUCUCUGCGGCAAGAAGGUGAUGAAGAAUGUGCCCUGCUGGCUUGCAGAUUCACGCUGUGGUCAGAUCUGCGGAAAACCCCUCAAGUGCGGCUCUCAUUUCUGCAAGAAGGAUUGCCAUCGAUCCGGAGAAUGUGAAGAUGCCACUCAACCUUGUCAACAGGCUUGUGGUAAAAAUAAGACAUUGUGUGGCCACCCAUGCUCAGAUGCCUGUCAUGCACCAUAUCCAUGUCCAGAAAAGACCCCAUGCCCGACUAUGCUCACAAUAACAUGUGGUUGUGGAAGGUUACGCCAACAAAGACGCUGCAAUGCCGCCAAGGCCGUUACUUCCAAGGGCCAACUUCAACAACCCGAACGUCUACCCAUUCUUACUCCCCUGACUUGUGAUGAUGAGUGCAGCCGCUUGGAGCGAAAUCGUUCCUUAGCAUCUGCCCUCGGUGUUGAUAUCAACCAAUCGACAACCAUGCAAGCAAUCUCCCCCACCAACCUUCCAUACUCCACCGAAACACUGGAUCAUUAUAUCAAGCUUGCAUCAACCGUUUCACUAUCGACUCUCCAGACAUAUGAAUCGACCUUGCAUUCCUUGGCCACCGACUCAUCAAGCCGAUCAACACGCUUCCAACCCGCCAAAUCCACACUUCGUCAAUUCACACACUCCCUCGCAACAGAUUGGGGCUUUGUAACCGAAAGUCACGACCCAGAGCCACAUCGCCACGUCUUUGUUUUAAAACCAUUAGCAUGGACACCACCAGGCUUCGGCGUUGGCAGCGGCUCUUCCAUCGGCAUUGGCGGGAUGAGCGUGCGUGAAUGUGUAAAACUUCGUGAACGCGAACGCACAAAGGAACGCGAAGCCCAACGUACAGCCUCAUUGGAAGCUAAGGCAGCUCGUGACGCUCUUAAGGCGCAAUCUGGCGUAAGCGGAGACGGUUGGGCGCAAGUUGCAUCUCGAGCCAAAAAGCCCGGUGAGAUCAGUGGUCCCAGCACGAGAAGUACCACUCCUGUCCUAAAUCCAUUUGGUAAUCGCACUAUGUUCUCUGCACUUUCUGGGGAAGGGCUACCAGAUGGCGGGUCUAAGAAGGAGCGCCUGGUUCUUCGCUCGGGUAUUGGUGCGGGCAAGGCAUUGCGCUCACAGCCUGCUGCGGAGGUUGUGGAUAGCUGGGAGGAGGCGGAGGAGAAGGAAGAAGAGGUUGAGAGGGAGCAAGAGAGUGCAGUUUCGGAUGGAGAGCAAGGACUGUCGGAUGCUGUGGCUGUGGCUGAGACGGAGACCCAUGAGGAGUCUCAUGAGAAGCCGUCUGGAAAUGAUGAACUUCCCGUCGCUGAUGUUACUGAUGUAGUGGAUUGA